CUGAGGACUAAGCUGAUGAUCUCUAUGUUUCCAGUGACCAUCAACAUCCCUUCAGGAACGUCAUGGGUUAAGCUGAAUGUGGGUCAGUUCGGUUACUACAGAGUCAACUAUGAGGCGUCUAUGUGGCAGGACCUCAUCGAUCUCCUCUUGAACGACCAUGAGGUGCUAAGCCCGACGGAUCGCUCCAGCCUCCUGAAUGACGCCUUCAGCCUCGCCGACGCAGGGAAGUUGCCAUACCCGACGGUGCUGUCCCUCGUGGCUUACAUGAAGCGCGAGACACACUAUAUACCCUGGAAAACGGUGACGGUGCAACUGAGCACGCUCGGCAGGUUGCUGAGGCAGACGAAGGCUUAUCCGUACUUCAGGAAAUACGUGGUUAACCUCGUGAGCGACCACGUGCAGCGGCUCGGCUGGAAUGACACCGGCAGCCAUCUUGAAAGACGCAACCGCCUGAACCUCAUGGCCCUGGCGUGCUCCAACGGCUACGAACCCUGUCUCGAGGGCGCCCAUGACCGGCUCAUGACGUGGGUGCAGGACCCGACUACAUUCAUCCCUCCGAACACCCGCCUGCUCGUCUACCAGUACGGCAUGCAGAAGGCAGACUACGAGACAUGGGAGACCGUCCUCGAGCGCUACGUGUCCGAAGUCAACGCUCAAGAGAAGUCGAAGUUAUCCUCGGGUCUCUCCAGCUGCAAGGAAGACUGGAUUAUACACAGGUGGAUAAUCGAGGCGAAGAAUGAGAGUAUUGUCCGCGGCCAAGACUACUUCUCCGUGCUACAGAACGUGGCUUCGAACCCCUGGAGUACCCACCUCGUCUGGAACUUCGUCAAAGAAAACUGGGAUUACCUGGUUGACCGGUUCUCGCUAAACAACCGGUACUUGGGACGUAUGGUUAAGUACGUCACGACCAGGUUUACGACAGAAAGGGAAUUACAGGACAUGAAGGAAUUCUUCGCAGACAACCCCGAGGCAGGUUCAGGGACGCGCGCACGUGAACAGGCGUUGGAGGAAGUGGUGAAGAAUAUCAAGUGGAUUGGCCGACACGAGGAGGAACUCCACCAGUGGUUCGUCGCCAAUGCUGCGAAUUUGUGAUGUGGGAGG